CUUUUGGGCAGGUUUGGGCCCUGCCUGCCUUUUUCUCUGUCUGCCUGCCUGUCUGUCUGUGUGCCUGUCUGUUGCACAGUUGAGCUGAGUUGGAGAAACAGAUGUUAAAGGGUACAACAACAUCCUGUGUGAGUGUGUGAGUGUGUGAGGGUGUGCUCUUGUGCGAGAAUUGCUUCAUGCAGCUUCUGCCCGGAGCAGAGAAGGGGAAUUCGGGACAGGAAGUGGAAAAGUGAAAGCGUUUGAGAGGCAUUUUGAAGUGUCUGAGAGGAGUUUCACAUACAGACAACAACAGCGUCCCAUCGAAGAAUGAUGGACAGUGGCUAUGAGAUCCUUUCCAACAGCGGCUAUGCAGAUACAUGCAAAGUUACCAUGACAGCAGAAAUGCCGGAAUGCUUUAUCUGCAGAGAUGUGCAGCUGGUAGACGGAGAACCGCUGAGGAGAUUUUGUGACUGCAAAAACCUCAUGGCCCACCACAGCUGCCUGCUCACCUGGGUCAGAAAGGGACUUGGGAGUGAAGACAGACUGAGAUGCAGUGCAUGCAAUGCUGAGUAUCAGCAGUGUCGGACGGCUGUGUGGAAGACUUUGGCCUGUCAGUGGCAGACGUGGCCUGUGGUAGUUGUGGCUGUGGCUUUGCUGGCCCUGGUGCCAUAUGCAGUGGUUCGCAUGCUGACGGCCUUCCAGAACCCCCCUCCACACGCACUGUUCAGAACUGCCGCCAUCUGCUUCGGCCUGUUGACCGAAACGCUGCUGAUCAGGUGUUUGUUCUGCUAUGUGAGUGGCCGUUACCGGCAGGCGGAGCAGAGUUCCUUCAGUCUUCAGCCACGGGGCCUGGAGGAGGAGCCAGAGGACCUAGCAGUCAACAGCCAUGGUCAGCAACCAGAAGCAGGGGAGGGUGGUCAAGAGAGGGGUGCGAAUGGUGGCCAGCGUAACCCCCUCUGGCCCUGGAAGAGCAGGCCUGCAGUGAGGAAGGAGAAGCAGAUUGACUUGCAGUGACUCAUUUAAGUUCUGGACAUUAUGGAGUGCUCCUCUGCUGCCUGGGCUGGCCAGGAAUGAACAAGUCCAAACCCAGCGCAAGCAGCAGCGCGAGACAGAAGAAGCUUCUGGCGUUGACGGUUGUUGCUUUCCUUCUUGCUGCACUUGAACUGGGUUUAAACCGAACCCCAAUCAUAGCCAAGUGAGGGUGAAAUGGGUCCAGACUUUUGUUCCAACAAGAGGCACACCUGAUUCAGCUGAGCAGUGUUGCCGUUUUUCUCAACUGGUUGAGUCAGUUGUGUUGUUUUUGGUAUAAACACAGACUGGACUCCAGGUGACUGCAGAUAACACUGGUUGGAGAGUGUUUUACAAACUGUUCCUAUUUACCAACUUCAUCACUACUGUAAUAUCAAGGCCACCUAACUCCAUUUGAUUUUAUAUUUCUUUAUGCAGUGUGAAAAUGCACACGCAACAUUUCACAAUAAAAGGACCAAUAGAAAUAGCCCAAAAAACUGGAAUAAAAUCUUGUUGCAUUAACUUACAGUGGGGCGUAUAUCAUGGUAAACAGAAUUUUCCUUGAUUUUGUUGAAAAAAAAACAUAGCUUAGUGUCUAAACUCUAAACAAUGUCUAUACAUGGAAAUUAAAUUUUGAAAACACUGUUUUUGCAACGUCUCAAAAACCAGCACAGUUACACAUAUGUACCUAUUAUGCCUACAGCAGUUUAGCCCUGCCUAAUCAUGCUGAAGUUAUAAGGAGUGUGUCAGCCCAGGCUGCUUUUUGAACAGAGCUCAGUGCGGAGCAGCCAAUCAGAAAAGUCUUCCAUUAUAUAUGAUAUUGUCAAUUGCACAUGUCACUUUUAAAACAUUUCUUCUUGUUUUGCCAAGUUCAGAAUUAUAAUCCACUCUAUUUUUGUGCCACUUUCUUCUUGGAAUUUUUCUUACAUUAGGAUAAUAUUUUCUUUAAUAAAAUACAAUAUUGUUUCACAUAGACACAUUUGUUAUGCAUGCUUGGUAUCUUGUUGCAUUCUAGAAUCAUUUACAGGAGCUACUAUGGCAUUAAUCACAGUAUGUUUGCAGUAUGCAGGGGCUUACUGUUUGAGGAUGAUUUUAAAUUUUGCUUUUCAUUUAAAAAUAUUGAAAAAGUCAGCUUUGGAAUGGAAAUUUCAUCUUCUGCUUUUGGCCCUGUGAUACUGAAUAUGCCCUAAUUUAGUCAUAUGUUUUCACUUUCUUGCACAGUAUUUGUUUGGGACGCUGCUCUCAUUUGAGUGCAGUAUUGUGAAAUAAAGCUUCAUUAUUUUUUAUCGCA